UCCUGGGAGGAGUCUGCUGCGCUAUCAUGAGUCUCUUCAAGUUCGUGGGUAAGGGCAGGAUUUCCUUGGCCAUGGGUUUUGCUGGCUGUCCCGGGCCCCCUUUUCGCGGCUUGGCUUUUCCAGGGUACAGAAGAUUCCCGGAGGCCUCGAGUGCUGGCGAUGAUUGAUCUGGUUUUUGCUCGAGGAUGAGUUCCCGAAUGCAUAUUGAUUUAUGAGAAUUCACGAGCAUAAUUGGACUUGUGCAUUUUUUAUGUGUAAUUCAACUGAAAAUAGAGGUAUAGGUGUGGGAUGUGCGACAGCGGUAGACUGCCUAGCAUGGGCUAAUCCCCGAGUCCUCCCACCACCCAAAAAAGAAAAAGAAAGCACCGCCCCCCAGCUAAUCACUAUUCUCCGGUAUUUCGUGAACCCUCCCUCCCUCCCUCUUCAUGGCCGGCUGGACAGUACCUUGAAGAUACAGGUUCACUCAGUCAUCCUUUCAUACCAUAGAUAACUCUUGGCAUUGAGUCCUAGGAAUGUGACGAAGUCCUGCUCACUUACAGGCUUUCUAGACUAUAAACCGGAGCCCACAGACGGGAGGGGUGGCAGCUGGAGAGUGUGGCAAGGAUUCAAAGUGGUACUUAGGAAAACUUGGGGGACACUGUAAGAGGUAGGGUUGGAAGGAUAACUUGGAACCCAAAAGCCUCGAUUACUUAAAUUUCACUCUGUAGGGAGUGGCGUUUCGAAGAAGGCUUUUCAGCAAAUCUUUGAGUGCCAGUUAUAUGGAAAGGAUCUUGUCUUCUGGGAUGCUGUUGUGGAUAAUCUCAGCAUGAGCUUUGUCUCCGUGGAGUUUCCAGCGACUUAAGGGUGGGAAGUGACUGGGAGGAAGUUACCCUGAUAGUCCUUUUGUAGAUUUUGUGGCAGAUAAGGAGAAGCAUGGAAGUAUUUCAGGUUUUGCAACAGGGAAAAUAAUAGCAAAAAGAGAAGCGAAAUGGUUGUGCACAGCAUUUAUCAUUCACUGUUCAUGUCUGCUUGUGGAAAAUGAGCACCCGAAGAUGACAGGUUAAGAAAUACCUAUGGGUGGGAGGGCUGGGUCUAUUGGAUUAGGUCCAUUCGAGAAUUAAAGGACAUCUAAGUGGAGACAUCAUUCAAGCACUAUGAAGUGUAAUCAGGAGAGUGGUUAAGGUUAUACAGUAAAAUCCGAGAGAUAGUUGUUUAAGCAGUACAUUUUCCCAAGACACUGUAUUUAAAAUUGAAGCUGUGAGAAAUCUAGUCGUGAGCUAGUUUUCACACUAGAGAGGUUAAGCACUAUGACCAGGCAAAGCAAAUGUGGGGAGAAUGUCAGCAGGUUUUUUUAAAAGCUCUGUGAGAAAACCUGAAGUGAAGGUUAGGUGUUCUGAGGUCUUGACAUGAUGUGCUAGGAAGUUGUGUGCCCUGGAGAGGGCACAAGAGCCCUCACUCCUCCCCUCAUAUACUGUUUGUUAGAGUCUAGGCUGGGUGUGUCCAGGUUCUUGAUCUCAGCCUAAGAACUAAAGAGAAGGGCUCACACAGAUAUACAAACAAAGCAAGGAAACUUUAUUUUGUGGAGCGAUAAUGUAUAUUAAAAUAAGUAUAUGAGUUUUUUAACUUGAAAUGUUAUUAUAAUGAGAUUUAAAAUAUAUUUAAUGUGGAUCUGAAUGUAGCAGAGAAAGCAGUUUUUGGCUUUGUAUUUUUUUCCUUUCCUUCUUGUCUUACACCUUGUUAUUUGAAAGCUGUCUUAGUAUAUAAACAAGUCAGUGUGUCUGUGCUCCAAUAAAGUUUUAUGGACAUUAAAUGUUAAACUUAAAAAAAAAAUAGUUGGUUUAUUUUCUCCAUGUGGGAGUGGGUCUGUGUGCAGAUACCUGCGAAGGCCAGAAGAGGGAGCCAGGGUCUCUGAAACGCCUAGUGUCACUGGCAGUUGUGAGCCAUCUGAUAUGGAUACUGGAACCAAACCUGGGCCUUCUGGAAAAGCAGCAAGUACUCUUAACUGCUGAACCCAUCUUUCCAGCUGCUGAAUUGUUCUUUUUAAUAAUUUUUCACAAGCAGAGAAAUAUUCUAUUAAUUUUUAAAAACAAUUUAAAAUGUCCAACUAGAACUAGGAUAGGGACAAACAAUAACAAAAUGGGCAGUAAGCCAAGUAAGGUAGUGCACACCUGUAGCUUCAGCACUUUGUGCCAGAGGCAGAGGCUUGUUCUGCAUGAGGAGGCCCUGUCUCACAGGAACACCACUAGCAAGAGGACAGUGGCUGCAGAAGGAGUUCUGGCUCUGCUGUAGCAUCCUUCUGUUGUUAUUUAAUGUACUUUCUGGCACUGACUUGCUGAAGAAACUGGGCUGCUUGUAUGACCUUUAGGAUUUGUCUUUUUGCUGAACGGUAGUGUGAGUCCCUUAUUCUCUAAUUAUUGAGAAUUCUUAACUUUGAAAUUAUACCUUGAAGCUAACAAAAUCCUACACCAUUUUAAAUCCCUGUUUACAGUGUUUCUGUGUCCCUAAAUCAUAGGUGACAGUCCUUUGACAUGAUCCACUAAGCCCAAACAGUUUUGCAGAUACUGCUUUCUAUCCAAGAGCAACAGAACACUUUCCUAUUUUGUUUGGUUUUGAAAAAUAAACUGGGGCUGGAGAGAUGGCUCAGUGGUUAAGAGCACUGACUGCUCUUCCAGAGGUCCUGAGUUCAAAUCCCAGCAACCACAUGGUGGCUCGCAACCAUCUGUAAUGGGAUCCAAUGCCCUCUUCUGGUGUAUCUGAAGAUAGCAACAAUGCAUACAUAAAAUAAAUAAGUAAAUCUUUAAAAAAAUAAACUCAUUGAUACCAGUAGUUUGUAUUAAAGACAGCCAUUUUUAAAUGUUAAUGAAGUGGAAACAUUACUGUACCGUAUAGAAGGGCUAGCCAGUGUCUUGACUCCUUCCAACAGAAGAACAUAGUGACUGAUUGCUAGUGUCACUGUGUUUGUCUCUUCUCAUCCCUUCUCACUUGGUGUCCUACUUUUCAAGAUAUUUACAUCUUUGACCUGACUAAAGUUGUUUUUUAUAUACUAUUUAUUUGAUUUUGCCAAUAAGCAUACUUUUGAUAAGAAUGCCUUUGGUUUAAAAGAUACCUGUCAUGGAUCAACACAUUCUGAGGAAUUGAAAUAACUAGGAUUUUUAGCUGCCUUUAUUUUUGAUGGUGGGCAUAGCAGCCUGUCUGUAGUUUAGGAGCUUGGAAGGCAUGGGCAGAGGGUCUGUAGGCUAGCCAGACACUGGGCAACACUGCCCAGUUGGGAAACAGUGCCUCAAUGAAUGAAGUGAAAAGUAAGGAGGAACUCCCAAUAUCAAUGUCAGGCCUACACAAAAUGUGCACAUCCACCUGCAUACAUGUGCGUGAAGAUGAAUAUGUAUUCAUGCAUGCACACUGCACACAUGUACACACUAGGGGAAGAGUCAAACCACUUGACUCCAUUAGCUCUUUGAUAACACUGUUUUGCACUGGGAGCACUGCAUACUGAAGAUGCCAGGACAGUAUAGCUAAGAGCUGGAAUUCCAUAUGCUGUUGGCAUGGCACAGUCUUCGUAUUAUGCCAGGUACUAGUAAUAAAUGCCUGUCAUAGAGCUUUCCAGGUGCAAGUUCCUUUCAUCUUCAUACUUGGGUUUGGGUCAUAUUCCAUUGCCAGCAGGAAAAUUGUGUUCAUCCACCAAGAAGAUAAUGGAGGCUCAGCAGGGACUAAGACUGUUCACUAAUCACUGGCAAGGGCAAGGAUUCCAAAGCUCAUGUUUGUUCCACUACUGAGUAAUUGUAGUCAUCCCAUUGUACUGUACUCUCUGGAGCUCGUUCAUGAAUUGAAUUCUCUCUAGUCUUAUUCGAACCUUUCUUUAGCUCCUCUGUUUCAGAAUACUGAGUUAUUGUUGUAUUUCCACAGAUGUUUCUGGUGGGUGGGCUGGUGAGGAAGUGGCUUCUGUGUGAGAGCAUUUUCUGUGGGAGACUUGGAAAAGGUCUUAGAGGAAACUGGUGUGAUUCACAUGGAGUUGAGGGACAGAGCCUUUUGUCAUUAAACUUGAUAAGAUGGGGACAUGAAGAGGCUGUCCUUAGUUUAUCAAGGGGAUGGCGGUUCUAAUGUCUGAAAGAAGAGGGAUGAGCAGUGUGAAUCAUGAAGAGGCCUGUGGGAAAGGGAAGAAGUAAGCGGCUGGGUACUAGCACUCCAGGUAUACCCGAGCCAGGACUGAAUCUACGGCUUAAAAUACACCACGUCUAGAACCAGCAGACUGAUCUCAGAACUCUGAGGAGAUAUUGGAAUCAACCUGACAGAUCCUAUGUUCAGAGGAAUUUAUAGGGGCGUGCAGAAGCAUCAAGAUGACUUACAAGAUGUAAUAGGGAGAGCUGUCCAGAUUGGUGUUAAAAAGUUUAUGAUCACAGGUGGAAGUCUACAAGACAGUAAAGAUGCACUGCGGUUGGCACAAACAAAUGACAUGUUUUUCAGUACAGUGGGGUGUCAUCCCACGAGAUGUGAUGAGUUUGAGAAGGACAGCCCUGACCAGUACUUAGCAGGAUUGCUGCACCUUGCUGAAAACAACAAAGGAAAAGUUGUAGCAAUAGGGGAGUGUGGACUUGAUUUUGACCGACUUCAGUUUUGUCCCAAAGAUACUCAACUCAAAUAUUUUGAAAAACAAUUUGAAUUGUCAGAACAAACAAAAUUACCAAUGUUUCUUCAUUGUCGAAAUUCACAUACUGAGUUUUUGGAUAUUAUGAGAAGAAAUAGAGAUCGGUGUGUGGGUGGAGUGGUGCAUUCAUUUGAUGGUACGAAGGAAGCAGCGGCUGCUUUGAUUGACUUGGACCUUUAUAUAGGAUUUAAUGGUUGCUCUCUGAAAACUGAAGCUAAUUUGGAAGUUCUGAAGUCAAUACCCAGUGAAAAACUAAUGAUUGAGACAGAUGCACCUUGGUGUGGAGUUAAAAGUACACAUGCUGGAUCAAAAUAUAUAAAAACUGCAUUUCCUACCAAAAAGAAGUGGGAAGCCGGGUGCUGUUUAAAAGACAGGAACGAGCCCUGCCACAUAGUUCAAAUAUUGGAGAUAAUGUCAGCAGUAAGAGAAGAAGAUCCACUGGAAUUAGCCAACACGCUAUAUAACAACACCAUUAAAAUAUUCUUUUCCUGAUUUGUGUUUUCUUUUUAUGAUGUGGAAUUUCAUGGUAAGACUGUGAGCUUUAUUAAGGAAAUCUUCCCAGUGGUUCUUUAAAGAGGUAGCACUAUACACUGUGCCUUGAUUUUACUCACAAAGUCAGAUCAGCACUGUUUAGGCUGCUUAAUGCUUUAGGUAACAGUGACAGCCUUUUUAUUGUGUAAUCUCAUCAGAAGUCUGAAAGGACAGUUUUACACUCUCACUGCAAACACAGUGAUGCUUCUACCUAAAACUUAGACAGCAUGUCCUGGUUUAUGUCAAAGUUUAGUUGAUAACAAGCCUAUUUCUCAAUUCUGUCCUUGAUUUGUGUGACUUUUGAACCUGCCUCUAAGCUGCACUCAGAUUUCAAGUUUCUCAGUUGCUUCUAGCAGGGUAUCUUGCCUUAGUUUUAGAAAACAUUUUAUUUAGAAAGCCUUUCUACUCAAGAUUAUUUUAUCUCCUGUCUCUUAUACUAACAUUCCUUUAUUCGGCAUUUUCAUUUUCCCUUCGUUUUAAAGAAAAACUAGAGUGCAGCAUUAGACAGAUUCUGAUUUCAUUGAGGGCUCUUUGGCACACUUGACGCACCGUGUGAUCAUUAUCUCUAUUAAGAAGUUAUUUGUUCAAAUUUUGUCAUAAAAACGUGAAAACAUUUUAUUCUAUGUACAAUAAUGUACACAAAUUUAAAUAGGUCACCAAAGAGACCAGAAGUAAUUAAAGAGGUAUAUUUACAGUAGCACAUCACAGUAAACGGAAAAUCAUUCACAGUUUCAACAUCGAUACUGUUUUUGUGCUUGGUUACACACUGACGUGAAGCAUAUUACUCCAUUUUGGAUGAACUGAAUUUUAAACAAAUACCUCAAUGAUUAGUAAAUGCUACUUUAAUCAGUGUCAUCAUUAAAUUCUGCUGCUGCUGCUGCUGCGCCUGUGUGCUGAAUCCCCCCGUUUCUUUCUCUUUGAAUAUCAUCAUCACAGUCUGUACUGUCAUCCUCGUUCAUUUCUCGGUCAGAUCCAGCAGCAUCUUCUCUUAAAGCUUCCUCUGGGUUUUGAUUUUCAUUGGGUGCAAUAAAUCCGUUGUUGUUAGAUA